UACCGAUCGACUGCAAGUAUUGUUUGAUAAACUUGAAGUACACAAGCUGCACACAACCUUAAAGUGUUAUCUUUGUUUCAGAUUAUUCAAACAUCGAAAGAAUUGGUGAACUGUGGGGUUGUGCUGUUGAAAGAUGGUUUGGUUCUUUGAACAUUUUCAAGCGGCUGGCAAUUGCUUUGAUUAUGCACUCCAUGAGCAUCCUCUGAUUAAAAAUUGGGGUGGAAACAAGGUUGUGAAGAGGGCACAUCUUGAAGGGAUAAAGAAAUUUGGUGCUGAAAAGGUAGUUAUUAGGUUGGAACUCAAUGAUUCUGAAGCGCGUACUGAUUCUGAUCAUUUGGAGGAGGAGAUUGGUGAGGGAUCUUCUGAGGGAAUGAACAAUGACUAUUUCAAAAAUGUGGAUUUCACUGACAAUGGUGAAAAGGAGGGAAAAAAUCUGGAUGGCUCGAAUGAUGAUGAGAAGGGUGAUGGAUGCCUCAGAGAGGACACACUAGAAUCAAUCAAAGGCGGGCUAUCAGCAUUAGAGCAAGAUACCCAUCAUAAGUACAUAAGUAUUGAUGGAAGAAUUCAAGUGAUAGAGGACAGGACAAGAUGUUUACUGGAGCUGCAUGCAAUUGUGCAGAGGAUUGUAAAGCUACUUGAUGGGAGUAAUAGGCCAACAACAUGUGAGAAAAUUGGCAGGAGAAAUCGUGAAAAGAAUAAGGAUACAAGGGAGAGAGGAAAUAGUAGGGUUAACAACGAGAAGCCUGGAAAACCUUGUAGGGAACCGGCUAUUGAUCAUAAAAGGACUUAUUCUUCGGGAACUAGUAACUGUGAUCAAUCGAACAUAUUUAGAAAGAGGAAAAUUGAUUUAGUUUCGAGUCCUACUCUUGUUGAAAAGGUGAAAACUAGGAGAGACAUGCAACCAAGCAAAGUCUGCAAGUCCCCGUAUGAAGGCAUAAAGCGGAAUAUGAUAUUUGGAACAAAAACUGAUGGCGAUCAUGUUGAUGAGGUAACUGAAGGACUGGCUUUAAGCAAUUUGGAACUGGCUGCCAUUAAAUUUGUUCAGAAGGAACUUGCCCAGAGUGCCGACAAAGUUUUAGUACGUAUAGGUAUAUCAGAUCUAAGAUGCAGUCUAUUGAGAUGCCUAAUUAGACCUGUUAGAGAGAAUGGAACAGAUAAAUGGCUGGAUUCAGAAAUAAUAACCUCAUAUGCAAGAAUAUUUAACUCUAUUUGGGAAAAAGAACCUAAGAAACUGAAGCAUGCAGUUUCAGCUUACCAUUCUGAUUGGCUAAGAUGUAUUGGAAAGGAUUGGAUAAAAACUGGUUUGUUCUGUAAAAAAGUGGUUGAUUUACUAGUACAUUCUGCGAGAGUUUUGUUGGAUCAGAUAUGGUAAUACUCUAUCAUGGUUUACCAUUUGUUAUGUGUAUUUUGAUUCUAAAAACUGUGAAACAUGUUAUUGUAGGUUUUCAUUCCCAUAAACACAACCAACACUCACUGGUGGCUUUGUGUUCUCUGUUCGUCUAAGAAAGAAUUUUAAAUUCUUGAUCCUUACAAUAGACGCAUAAAUUAUGCAGAAGAAUCAAGAGAUUUGGUAUGUGCAUGAUUUUGUGAUGUCAGUUCCAAAUUCCCACUUCUGAAAAGAAGUUACUGUAUUUGGUCCUGGUUAUUUUGAUCAAAUUGUUGCAUGUCGAUCGAACUGUUGUGUCUUUUAUUUUGUUUUUGCUUUUAUUUGGAAAUGUACACAGUCCUGUCGACUGGGCCAUUAAAUUUUCUAUAUGUUGCUAGGAAUCAAAGUUGCAGGGCUCUUUGUU